CGGGCACUCAGUGCGCGCAGCUCGUGCCAGCAUCUACACGGGAAUAAUACGAGCUUUUAACACGCGGAUACGGAUCUGACCUAAAGGGUUCCAGGUAUAAAAGAAAAGGACAGGAGCUCUGUCUUUCGAAAUCUGAAGUGCACCGGUGCCAGCUGUAUAGGCCAGCCCAACCAGAAUGCAGCAGGACAAUAGAGACCCAACCCAGUGACCUUACACGGCUAUCAAAAACCAAACUCAUUAGCUACCUUCCACCAAGACAAACUUCUCUGAAAAGAUCAACAGAAAAAAGGAAGUUAAAAGGGGCGAAACAAGAGGGGGAAGGAGGAGAAAUGUAUUCAGAGUGAAUGCUGACUGCUGUUGAGGAGAACAUCUCAUUUGGGAGUGAUUUUGAGCAUUGUGGAAAAAGGAUUUCCCUGUGCCCUGCCCAUUUGUCCAAAUGCCUGUAUAAAUAUUCCAUGGAGAAAUUGAUUUGUCCCUUUUCCAAAAGUGCCCAACAAAGAGACCAAUUAUAGCAAAGCUCAGCUGUCAACUCUCUCACUUAAACCUCUCAGAUUGGUACAUUCCCAAAUCUUGGAAUGCCCGAAAGUCUAUAGUUGUAGGAGUCCAUUAAAUGGAUCCCUAAAAAUCCCCAAAGUCUAUAUCCUGCGAGUAUUCUGAGACUAAUCUAAUCUUGAAGCUUUAUUGGACCAGUAGUUCCCAGACAACUUUCAUCAAAACACAAGCUUACCUUUCAACACGAGAGGGUUACCUUCACCAGCUGCUUUGUCCACCCUGUUUGGAUGCAUUUUUCCAGAAUUCCAAAAUGAAGCCCUUAACCCCAGUUGGUUCACCCUCUCCGCUGCGGCUCCUCAACAAGGGGCCAGAUUACCUGCGUAGGCAAAUGGAUGCAGGAAGCAGGGGUCGCUCCAUCAGUGCCGUGGAGCGUCUCGAAGCCGACAAGGCGAAGUAUGUCAAGAGUCAACAGGUCAUCAACACCAAGCAAGAUCCUGUGUUGGUGCCCUGCGCCACCCCUCCACCCCUGCCCCGUCGCAAUUUCACCGUGUCUGGUCCGUCAACACCCGUUCUACCUCCCCGAAGACCCUCGGCCCCUUUCUCUUCGCAGGUUUUCACAAGGGAUGAGAAUGAGGAUGACUCCAGGAAGGAGAACUUUCAGAACAAGACCGUAGUGGAAACGCACAAUCGCAACGAUGCAAACAAGCCGCCUGCACCUUCCCCUAGAACUCCAACCACUACGCCAUUAGUCGCCCCACACAGUGCGCCAAUAAUGCGUAGGAACAAUGGCAAACGCAUGCUGCGUCCAGACUCUCUGGUCAUAUAUAGACAGAAAAAAGAAUUCAAGAUUCCCAUCAGUGGUGGCGGAAACGGCAACAUGGAGGCCAAGGGCUACAGCUUCGUACGAAGACUCUUCCAAGGUUCUAUGCGGGAGAAGAGCAACGGAAGUGAUGCGGCUCAAAAAAUGGUGAUCAACGAGGAAAAGGCAUCCUCCUCUCGAGAUGGGGACUCUCGAAUGUCCUGGUCCAAUGAUAAAGACACAGUUGAUGGGGGAAAUGAGACUCGAACAUCAAGUAGAUCCGACUGCGGGCCUCAAAAUGACAACACUGGAUUUCUGGAGAAGCAAUCGAAGAACAGCAUGAUUAACUGUUUACAAAACAGUGUGGGUAACUGUAAUAAUAACAACAUGGAUCCAUGGAAGCCAGUUGUACCUCGAAUGUGGUCCAAUUUGAAACGUUCCAAGUCGGACUUAAGACUUCGCUGCUCGUUAGCAAUGUCUGAGCAAGAGCGAUUCUUCGACUUCUGUGGAUUGGACCUAGAAAUGGUGGAAAGGCUUGGACCAGAGAACUUUCUAGCAGGGGCGAGUUCAGUUGACACGCUCUCACUUCUACUGAGAAGCGUUGGAGGUGGAGGCGGCUCGGAACCCAGUGAAUUUUCUCAACACUCCAGAGAAGGGCUGUUCCAGGAGGAGCUAGCAGAGCAGAUCCCGACAGGUGUGUCCAUUAUUGAGAGAAAUGCACGCGUAAUAAAGUGGCUGUACAGUUGCAAGAAUGCAGCCAAGGAAGGCCCUAAAGAGUCCACUGUUUGAUUACCCUCAUAAUCUCAAGACUAUUCUGGACUGUUGCCUGGAGCAGUGUUCCAAUACUGAAAAACUACACUUAUGACAGAUUACGUUGUAUUUAUUUAAUGUAGAAGAUUUGUAUUUAAGAGAUUCGUUCUGCUUUUCGUAACCAGUACAAGAUAAUUUACGGUGAAGUGUGUAAUAUCAAAGAGAAUUGCAAAAAUAACGACAGUUUUCCUAAACACUCCUCCUUUUAAUAUUGGUCAAACAGUUAGUCCCGCCCCCAAACUCACACCAUUGGUUGAGCCGAUCUUGCAGUGUCGGGCUGGUCUAGAUACUCAACAAACAGAGCAAAUUUUAUGAAGCGCCACAAAGUCACAGUGUUAACACUUUUCAGGGGAAUCAACCCACUAAUAGUGAACUUAAAGUUGUCUCUGCAUAUUAAAAAAUGAUACACUUCACCUGUCAGUCACAGAUAAAGCUGAAUAGUGGUGCAUGAGUACUGAAUGAACCAUGUGUACCUCAUUUCCCAACUGUCCCAGUAAAGUUUGUUUGUUGCCUUUUUUUUCCUUAAACGCAGGCGUUGGAACAAACACACAGAGCACCCCUGUGGGGAUAAUAAUGCACUGAAUUAGAGAAAGAGAGAGACAGAGAGAGAGCUAAAUACUGUACAAAAGCCUAUCUUAAACACUGAGUGAAUGCAAACAAGUAUGCAGGGCCUUAAAAGUAAUCCGAUUGAGAUUUAUUCAUCUUAAGCCAAAGAAAUGACGGUAUACUGCUGUACACUGGCUCUGUUCCAAACCUCAGCGAGUCGUCUCACUGUUUACUGUCUAUAUAGACUGCUGCCUUCUAAGGGAGUAUUUUAUAAAGUAACAUAACAUUGCUGCCAACAAUUUAGAACAACCAUUGCAUCUAAGAUUGUCAAUAUGCAGACUAGGUAGGCAGCUCACUAGGAUUUGGAACAGAGCCAUUGUUUUGCCCCUAAAGUGAUACAUUUAGCCUAUAUUAACCGUUGUGGUGGCGUAGUGGGCUAAAGCACAUAAAUGGUAAUCAGAAGGUUGCUGGUUCGAUCCCCACAGCCACCACCAUUGUGUCCUUGAGCAAGGCACUUAACUCCAGGUUGCUAUGGGGGGAUUGUCCCUGUAAUAAGUGCACUGUAAGUCACUUUGGAUAAAAGCGUCUGCCAAAUGCAUAAAUGUAAAUAUUGAAUUACUGCUUCAGUAUGCACAUGAUAAUAACACUCCUGUGUUUUACACACAAAAGUAAACCCUUUAGCAAACUAGGAGACAUAACGGCACACGGCAGACAGAAACUCCCGAAGUAGAAAACAGUGAUCUGUUCCCAAUCUAAAGGAGAUCUUUGACAGUUUCUCCCAACUUCAUUUGGUCGUAAUGAAUCCUGCCUGAUUGGAGGCAUUAAUCCAUCUCAAUGAUACCACUGAAAAAUGAAGCUGUGGCAUGUACAGGUCAGACUGCGGCCUGCAGAAUAACAUUUACAAAUGCGAUACUGUAAUCUUUCCUUUCUAAAUUCCUUAACCUUUUGUGUGUGUGUGUGUGUGUGUGUGUGUGUGUGCACCCCAACACCCCAAACUUCUCUCUCUCUCUCUCUUGGAUGUUUACAAUCCUGAUGUAAUUGUUUCUAUAAAGAAGAAAUUUAGAUUUCAAUCAAAAUAGAUGUUAUACAGAAAAUCCAAAUAAAGUCAUAUUUCUGAAAGAUGGUAUCCUCGUGUGUGUUUUGUAAUUUUAGCUUGUUUGGUUAUGUAAUGGGGUUUUUCCAUGGGUGGAAAAUGGGGUACGGCUCGACUCGACUCUGCUCGCUUUUUAGGGGUUUUC